AGACCGAGUAUGUAAAGAGGGGAGCGAACUUUGUUAACAUCAAAGGCUUACCCUUCUCGGAUAUUUUCCCUGAAUCGUUCUUCGACGUCGGAUAAAAUGAUUUUCGACAGGAUUACCUGUAUUGUUUUUCUUUCUAACAGAACAGAUAUUUUUUAAAAAGCAAAACCCCGGAUAACCAGACUGUCUUCCCUUUGCAGCGGGUGACGGAUGGUUAGCCGUUGGCAUCAAUACAGUUAUUAGAAUGAAGUGAACAUUUCUAUAGAAUUUUCCAGCUAGAUGUCACAUUACUCCCAAUGCAUCAGCAGCAUGAAGCAGCAUCACAUCUGCAGCAUGACAGUCUGCAGAAUGUGCAUCCCAUCUGGACAAUCCCUGACUUUCCAUACCCACAGGAAAUUCGUGCACGUAAAAUACUGCGACAGAAUGUGGUUCUGAGACUUCGACAACGUGAAACAGUCUUCUCUUCUCCUGGCACACAUUUUCAUGUAGCAAGACAAUUUUACACUAAUGUCUUUCCUAAUUUGACUAUAAACAAUGUAGAAAAACCACCCUGCUUUCUGAGGAAGUUUUCACCCACAGGAAAGCAUUUUAUUGCCUUCUCUCUUGAUCAGACAAUGUUGGAAAUUUAUGAAUUCCAAGGAUCUGGAGCAGCUGGGGAUUUGUUGCAAAAUGUAAAAGGUGAUAGCUUACCUAAUGCAAGUGAAAGAGUCAUGAAUGAUGUUCGCAACAAACUAUUUGAUCAAUUCUUCGUCAAAAAACAUAGUUCAGUCAUCACCUCCAAUGGGGAGCACCUGAACAGAGAAUGCAGCCUUUUCACUGACGAUGGAAAAUUUGUUAUAGUGGGGUCAGCUACAUUUUUGCCAGACGGCAACCACCCUCUGGCUAGUGAGCUGUACAGAAACAACGAGUCAGUGACAAGCUUCCGUGUCAAUCUGGAAGAUUAUUCUCUGCACAUUGUUGAGUUGGCUACUGGACAUGUGUGUGACUGCAGACGUUUCUGUGCAGAUAAAAUCUUCUUGUCUCACAACCAGGGCCUGUAUCUAUACAAAAGCACUUUGGCUGUCCUUUCUGUACAGCAUCAGACCAUUCACAUCUUUCAGGUGAAAGAUGAUGGAACUUUUGUUGAUGUCCGCACAGUUGGACAGUUUUGUUACGAGGAUGAUGAACUUGUGUUCCAACAUGGUCUGAAUGGACAGCGUCGAAUACAUGCAUACAGGGAUCAGACAGUUAAUUCACUGAAGCAUCGUCUGUUGGUUCAUUUGUACAGGAAGGCUGUUUACUCUGGGGGGGUAUGCUCACUUAGGAAGUUUUACCAGUACUUUGACCACUUCUUAGGUCUUCGCAUCUGGAAGAUGCAGCUGCUGGAUGAAAAGCAUUUGUUGAUCAAAUACGCAUCGGAGGAAGUUGUCACUCUUCGUGUACAGGACCCUAACUCUCAGCCCUCUUUAUUUAUGGUAUAUGACAUGGAGAGCACCAAGGUGUUAGCAGUGUAUGAAAACACUUCAGAGGAGUUAAUGGAGUUAUUUGAGAAUUUCUGUGACAUGUUUCGCAAUGCUUCUCUCCAUUCAGAGGCUCACUUCACAUGUUCUUCUUCGUCUAACGAAUAUGCCAGACAACUGCAGCAACGGUUCAAGCAGACAAUCAUCAAUGCCAAGUUUGGUGGUCAUUUAGAAGCCACACGUCGUGUUCUUGCCCAGCUUCCCAUUUCUGCUCAGUCAUAUAGCAGCUCUCCAUACCUGGACCUUGCCCUCUAUAGCUAUGAUGAGAAGUGGGUUUCGGUAAUGGAGCGGCCAAAGUCAUAUGGCGAUCAUCCUAUCAGGUUUUAUGCAAGAGAUUCAGGAGUUCUUCGUUUCAAAAUAUUCACAGGAAUCGGGAUGCGAGCUCCCUUCCCACAUGCCCGUCGUCUUGUGGCUUUUACAUUUCACCGUGAACCUUUUGCUAUUAGUGUUCAGAGAACUAACUCUGAGUAUGUGGUAAAUUUUCAUGUGCGCCACAUAGAAUCUUAACUACUUGGUAAACUAUAAUCCCAGCUGGGUAAUCCAAGUUGAGUGAUGUUUAAUAAACUUAAAAUGUGACCCUGCUCCUUAGCACAUUUUUGAUAAUAAAUGAAAUAAUAUUUAGAAAUACCAUAAAUCAAGUACCAUUGAUUUCUAAUCAUAUGCAACAUGUCAGUGUUAGUCUGUGGUAUUGCUCAGGCAAUGUGUCAGACAUGUCAGCUAUCAUGAGAGUGUAGAUAAUGCUGCAUAUAGUAAAGUAUUAACUGCCUUCACUAUGUUGUCAGGCACUGUCAUUACUAGCUACUUCAGUAGUUGAAUCUGUGGCAAGUGGAAAUCUUCAAGGCCCAACUUGGAGGUAAAUUUGCACUCUAAAGAUGGUGGAGUGUAAAUGAGACAGCCUUGUUGGAAAUACCAAUGAGGUUUUACUUUUGGCAACCAAAGAAGUUCUAGGGGCGCAGAGGAAUUAGAAACAACCUGGGGUCAUGAAUGAUCAUAGAUCUCUAUGAUCAAAGCAGGGCCUUCAAGAAUAAAAGGACAGGCAAUUCCGAAGCAGCUUUUAAGUAGAAACCUGUGAAUCAUGACAUCAAUAAAUUGUUAACCAGUGCUGGACCAUAGAGAAUGAUGUGAGACAAUAGCAAAAAGACCUGCCAAGUGAUCAACCACACCAAGACAGGUCAACACUUCAGUCAUCAAAGACAGUAAUAGCCAUCUCACAUAAAGCACAGCUGUACUAAUGCACUGAAUAUUGCAACGACCUGUACAACUUCAGUUAAAAAUAGAUGGGAAAGCAACCAGACUGAAAACAGCAAGCCUACAGACCUGCCAGUUAUAUGGGAAGAGGUCAAGAGAGCUGUACGCAGUCUGAAGGGAGGAAAGUCAUCUGAUGUUGACUGUGUUCCAGCUAAGCUGCUUUAACAGGAUUUGAGAAGAUUCAACAAAGUCUCUUACUUCUACAUGCCAAAGAAUCAGGUAAUGCACAGAAUGGAUCAAAUCACUGGCCAUACUCCUUCCAAUGAAAGCAAACAGUAAACAGUGCCAAAACUACAGAACCAUAAGCCUAAUCAGCCACCCAAGCAAAGUGAUGCUGAAAGCAGGACCGUGCUUAGGGGCAGGCAGACAAGGCAUCUGCCUAGGGCCCUCGGGCUUUUGAGAGUCAUCAGGGGCCCCAUGCUUUUAAUUAAAAUUGUGGCGUUGAGGGCAACACACAUGCCCUAUGCCUCAGGCCCUGCGGGGGCUAAAAACAAGCCUGGAUGAAGUAAUCCAAAAUCACCUCUACACCAUCACUGAGGAACUGCUUGCAGAAGAACAAGCUGGCUUCAGACCAGGCAGGACCAGGCAGUUGAACAAAUCUUCAACUGUCACAUUCGGAUGGAAGAACAUUAACAGCACCAGGGGAUCUCUUUCCACAACUUCAUCAACUUUAAAAAGGCAUUUGUCAGUCUAGUAUGAGAGGCUCUGGUACAUUAUGUGAAAAUUCAACAUCAAAGAGGGCCUUGUUCCAAUCAUCAAAGUGCUUUUCAAAAGCUUAAUAAGUGCAGUAUUACUGGAUAAUCAAAUGGAAACUUUCGUUCAGGCAACAAGGAUGCCCUGUUGCCUGUACUGUUCAACAUCUUUCAACAUCAUUUAUGGAAUGCUUUUAGAGUAGGAUUAGGACUGUACAUUCAAAUUGAUUUCACAUCAUAGAUGUUGACAUGCUGCUCUUUAGCAGCAGGGAAUUAAUUUCUAAUUGACUUGGAUGAAAUAUACUGGACUAUUUGCAUUAGUGACUUGGGUUUCAGACCUCAGUUAAAAUGACUUAGAGAUUUUUAUUUUUUUAGACCCCUCUCCAGUUGAGUAUAAGUGUGAUACUGUUUACAACCAGUUGCAUAAAAAAUGUACACACCAGUGUACUUGUAUUAAUAUUAUCUAUGCUUCCUGAUAUCGAGAAACUGCUUAACUAGUGUCAUGUUUUACACAUGUAAAUAUGUGUCAAUAAUAUUUGAUAAAGGGUAAUGACACAAUAGCAGCAAUCAUGUUUGGUUCAUAAUAAGACAUAAUGUGAUAAGACCUUCAGUUUCAACUACUCUCCCAAGACCAGAUCAGUUAUGUUUUCAGAGCCCCUUGGCAAAUUUGUUUUACAUUAUUUGGAGCUCUCUUACAUGGAAACCUUGCCAUAAACUGUAUAAUUAUUCAAUGCAUGUAAUAUUUAUUCUAAAUAAAUCUGUCAGUAUCAA